AUGAAAGGAUCUCUCUACCUCUCUGUAUUCUUUGAUUCAUUUGGUAGAAACCCAUUUGUUUUUAGAGGUGAAAGAAGGGUUGUGAAGUCCGUCGUUGACAGCAACUGCCGAGAUGGUCAUGUGAUCCUCUUAUUCUCUAUGUGGGCCAAUGGGUCAGCUUUUGUUGAACCGAGGCAUGCUGACUGGCUCAUGCGCUUGGACCGAUUAUGGGACCAGCUUAUGUUGGCUGUGCCGAGGUCAUAUGAGAAGGCUAUUGUUGCGGUAGUUGUCGACUUCUGCUAG